AGAAAUGAUAAAAAAGGGAGUCUAUAACAGCUUUUCUGCUCAAGGUAAAAACAGAAGGAGAACACAAGGGAAAAAAAGGUGAGAGAAGAGAAUCUGGCCAGUGAUUUGCAGCGAUGGUGAACAAUAAGACAUUGAUGGUGGUAGUCCUCCUAAGCAUCUUUGUGGCAGGAAAUCAAAUAAAAGAUUUUAAAGAGCGGACCUUUAUUCCAGGCAUCAAUGUGACUUUACAGUGUGGUAAUGGCACUGAUAUCAAAUGGAAUGAACUUAUCUAUAUUCUGUGGAACAUCAGCCUGCAAGGAAGAAACUGUUGGCUUGGUUUGUCACCCAAGCUGGACGACACAUGUAAAGAUGGAAAGAGGCUGUUAAACACCUCAGAUGGAGUUUAUUUAGUCAUUCCCAGGAUUUCAACAGAAGAUGAAGGAUUUUAUUCUUGUGAUCUUUCACAUAAAGCAGGAAGCUAUGCUGUAAAUGUGUCUGUGAGUGUUCCCCAACUUUCCACCCAGUUGGACAGUGACAUCAAUCAAAGGAUUGCUGUCUGUCGGGCCAACUACACACAAAAGACAGCACCCACUCUUCACUGGGAACCUGCCCUGAACUUUUCCUCCAAUGUCAUCUCUGUGGAGAAGCAUGGCAGGUUUACUGUGGAGAGUCGAGUAUAUCUGCCGGACAAUGUCACCAUCAGUGAGCUCACCUGUGUGGGCACAUACUCCGAUGAGUCCGGCUCGGUUCAGCACAAGAGCACACUUCAUCUUUAUCUUCAGCUUAAUCAAAGUGAGUACACCAUAGAUUUGGAAUUGAGAACUGAUUUCAAUAGUGAAUCAGUAGUAAAUCAUGUUCCUCUCAAGCUCAGUCAAGUUGGAUUGAGACCACUGGUCAAAAGACAUUAG